CUCUCGCGCGGAAAUUUUUGUCUCACCGAAUCGAAUCACAAACAUUUUUCCUUUUUUUUGGAAUCUAUGAUUUUAUUGUUGAUGAGUGUGUAUGAAGGUUAAAUCUGGAAAUUAUGUUGAGUAAUAAUAAUAAUAAUCAUAAGAGUGAGCAACACGUUCCGUUAUCGGUGUUAUUGAAACGAGAGUUGGUGAAUGAGAAAGCUGAUAAGCCUGAGAUUGUUAGUGGAGAAGCUAAUCAGUCGAAAAAAGGGGAAGAUUUUUCGUUGAUUGAGACUGACUGUCGACGUUCGUUGGGAGAUGGUGUUGCUACUUAUUCUGUAUUUGGGAUAUUUGAUGGACAUAACGGAUCUGCAGCGGCUAUAUAUACUAAGGAGAACUUGUUGAAUAAUGUAUUGUGUGCUGUUCCUCCCGAUCUUAAUCGUGAGGAAUGGGUGCAGGCAUUGCCUAGGGCUUUGGUGGCUGGUUUUGUGAAAACUGAUAUAGAUUUCCAACAAAAAGCUCAAAUGUCAGGGACGACUGUCACCUUUGUAGUUAUUGAGGGAUCAAUUGUGACAGUAGCAUCAGUUGGGGAUUCCCGCUGCAUACUUGAAUCUGCUGAUGGAGCAAUAUAUCAUCUGUCCGCAGAUCACAGACUUGACACCAAUGAAGAGGAGAGAGAGCGAGUCACUGCAAGUGGUGGUGAGGUUGGUCGGCUUAAUACUGGUGGUGGUACAGAGAUCGGCCCUUUGAGAUGUUGGCCUGGGGGCUUAUGCCUUUCACGAUCUAUUGGAGAUCGGGAUGUUGGGGAGUUCAUUGUUCCUGUUCCCUUUGUCAAGCAAGUGAAGCUAUCUUCUGCUGGCGGGAGGCUUGUUAUCUCAAGUGACGGUGUCUGGGAUGCUCUUUCUACAGAAGAGGCUCUUGAGUGCAGCCGUGGUUUGGCACCUGAAGCUGCAGCAGCACAAAUUGUUAAAGAAGCUGUACAAGUGAAAGGAUUGCGGGAUGAUACAACUUGCAUAGUCAUAGAUGUUCUACCUCCAGAGAAGACAAAUGCUCCCGUUCCACCACCAAAGAAGAGUGGUAAAAGAGUGUUGAAAUCCAUGUUCAAGAAAAAGAGUACAGAGACGCCACCUCAGCUUGAUGAAGAAGAAUAUUAUGAACCAGAUAUGGUGGAGGAGCUUGUGGAGGAAGGAUCAGCUAUGCUUUCAGAACGGUUAGAUACCAAAUACCCGCUCAGUAAUGUUUUCAGGUUGUUUGUUUGCGCGGUGUGUCAAAUUGAAAUGAAACCAGGUGAAGGAAUUUCGAUACACCAUGUACCAGCUAAUACAAAUGGAAAGUUAAGGCCAUGGGAUGGUCCUUUCCUCUGUGUAAGUUGCCAACAUAAGAGAGAUGCCAUGGAAGGGAAAAUUUCAUCCAGGAACGGGCGAUACAGUAGCUGAAGUAAUUAGCGUUACAGUUGUACCCUACAAAUACUUAUAAUCCUUUCUGAGCAAAGGAUAGAUUUGAAGAACAAAAUUAUUGUGAAGGAAAGUUCUUUUUCUAUCUCGAGGGGAAUUGACCUUUGACCUUUCCAAACAUUCUUUUUAACUUGUGACAAAGAUUGGUGAUUGAUAAUGAUCUUUUUCUUUUUUUUCGCCUUAAAAGAUCAGAUUAGUGCUAUUGAACGUUUGCUGAGCGAUUUCAACUAGCCCUACCAUUUGCAUAGAUCUAACAUUUACAAAGCUUGUAGUCCGUAUAAUCUUAGUAUUACUGAUAACUCAUGUAACUAUAUUAUUCCUUUCAUCUACAGAAAAGUAAAAAAAAAACCACCUGACAUGUAAUAUGUUUUGUGAUGCUAACAUAUCGUGGUACCCGUGAUGGGUAUGCCUUUGAAAGCAGAUUCAUUUGUGAUAUGCUUGACUAAUUUAGAAGCUGGUGACUAGUGACCCGGUUUUUGUAUGCUUAUAA